AUGGAGUCUACAUUAUCUAUUGAAGAUGAAAAAGACAAAGUAACUAAACAAGCUCAUAAAACGAAUAUUACAAAACUUCUCAAGUCUUAUGACUUGUUCAAAGUUAAGGUUAAAUUCGGGUUCGAGAAAGAAAUUAAAGAUACUUUGGAGAAGAAAAGUAGUAAUAUCAAAGCAUAUUUAGGAAAGUUUUCUCGUUCAGGUAAACAUGGUAAACAAAAAGUUUCGGAAAAGGAAAGCAUGCAGACAAUCAUUCAUUCAACUUCAAACCCACAACAGCCCACCAUUAAUCAUUUUCCAAAAACUAACAAGGCAAAAAUUGCAUCAAGAAAUGUUAUUAGUGACUUGCAGUUUUAUUUUAAACCAUUAGACGAUUUAUCCCAAGGAUUUACUUGCUACCUUUGGGAAUUGACCAGGAAUAUCUUUAAUCUAGCAAGUAACGGUCAUGCGAAAACAGUAAUCAAAUGUUUGUCUAGAAUAAUUUGGUUAGAAGAGGAAAUAGAUGCUCAAAAAAACGAAGCACGCAUUGUUAAAUCGUACAAAAACAAGUUUUUUAGUAAUUUGAGCAGCAUUAUUUUGGAAAGAUUUGAGCUUUUUUUGAGCAAAGCUAAAGACGCCCCAUUGACAUUAUUAGACAAAUUAGACUUUAUAUAUAACGAUUUAAGCUUAGUAAAAGAUGAAAUCGAACCACAAUUUCCUUCUCACUACAAUAUAAGGCUUUUUUUUGUGCAGGGGUAUCAUGACCAAGUUUACACUUGGCUGAAUAACGUUAUACAGACUGACAUGGCUUUGGACGCGGGAACUAUUUUUGACUUGAUUCGCUGGGUACGUCAAUACUAUCUUAAAAUCGUAAGUGAUAUGCAUGUAUCGCAAGACUUACUGGAACCGCAACUCUUAGACGGCAGGGAACAAGAAUUGAUUGAUUAUUUCCUAUCAAUUAUGCGCAACAAGUUCCAAGAAUGGAAGAAUAAUUUAAUUGGAAGUGAUAUUAAAGAAUUUAUUGAACGUCCUUACGAAUUAGAUGCCAAUAAAGUGACUGGCCUGUCUGGUACACCUGUGCUGAUCAGUAUGAUUAAUCAACAAAUAGAUUUAGCCAUUAUGUCUAUUCAUGAAAAAAUUUUGGUUGACGUGAUUAAGGAAUGUUGUAAAGUUAUGACAGACAUACAACAAACUUGGAUAAUCACACUAGAAUCAGAAGUUCGCUUAUAUAUAGAAGAAAGAGGUGAACCACGUCUUUUAGAAUAUAUUGUCGCACUGGCUAAUGAUGAAUGUCUUUGUGCUGAUCAUAUUGAAAAUCUUAAGACACGGUUAGCGCCAUUAUUUAAAUCUAACGAACAUUGGGAUUCCGUUAAUGCUGAACUUUGUUAUGUGAGAGAUGGAUUCUUAUAUGUCGUUACAAAUGCCAUCAAUUAUUCCGUAUUGAAAACAUCAUAUGGAGAUAUACCUCGAAAAUUUCUAAAAAAUAUCUUGUCAAGAAGAUACGAUCUUAUAACUUCCAGAAGUAUAAAUAAAAUAAUUAAAUCUAAAGAAAUUGAAUAUGGUGAAUAUACAGGCGAACCAACAAUAUUUAAUAUGAUCAAAAUUGAGGAUGAAGAUGUGUCUGGAGAACAAUUUAAAGGAGAAUUGGAUCGGUUCAAGGGAGAAGUCCAACAAUUAACUAACGG